AUGUCGGAGGAAUUGAUGGAUACGAGCGAAGUUUCUCAACAGGAGGAGUCAAUGGACCAGAUGGACGAGACCAUAAGCAACGAUGGAGAACAAGAAGUUGAUGAAGCUCUGUACGAGGGUGAUGGUGGUGAUAAUGGUAAGGUUUCUUUCUCUUGAGUUCUUAUGAUUUUAGGUAUGAACUCUGUUAAUGCAGAUGGGCAUUAGUUGUGGGUUGCGGCUGCUGUUACAGAGUUUCAAGGUUGCAAGGUGCACUUGAAAUUUUUUAUCUUUGGGAUAUUUACAGCGUAAAACAAUGAUUUUAUUGGGAUAUUGUUUUAGAUGCAAAACCAUCAUCGUCAAAUUCGAGAGGUCGUAAGCCAAAGAAAAAGAAGGGUAAAGGAAAGAAAGGACAAAUUGAUGUUACAAACCUGCCGAUUCCUGAGAUUUGUGAACAGAUGGGAUUGGUUGAUGUUGACAUUGAGUAUACUGACGAGGAUUUUCUUGAAGUUACUAAUGGAAAGGUAUACUUGUCUUACUAACUGUGUUUAUUUUUUAAAUUGCUUGAUUUAGGUAAUGUUAUAAUCAAAACUUGAAGAAUUUGACUCUUUUAUAUAUUUUUUCUUGCACAUGGAUAUUUUAGGUAAUAUUAAACACUUUUUAAUUUUAGUUGUACGCUCAACGAUUCAGAGGUCAAUUUUUGGAAGCAAAUCCUUCUUGGAACGUUACAAAGAUGAAUCCAUAUGUAACAGCUAAGUAUAACCAGUUUAAAGAUAUUGGAGCCGCCAGAGGAGUAGCGAAAGGUGCCAAGCCUAAGGAUGAGAAGGUGGCUCCAUUGAAGAUUAGAAUAUCUAACAGAAAAAGCAAGAAGACUAACGAAGACGACUGUAAGAAUUUGCUUAUAUUUUACAAAUUUAGGAAAUAUUAGGGUACAGUUUGCUGUAGAUUGAGAUUGGUAAUGAAGUUUUAAUUUUAAUAUUUCAGUGGACAGUGACAAAGAGUUUGAACAUCUUUUAAAAGCUCAUGAGAAACAACUUGAUGAAGCUGAAAAGGAGAAAGAAGAACGACGAGCUGCUCGGAAAGCUGCUCAAACAGCUAAAAAGAAGAAGAAGCGACCAGAUGACUUGGUAAGGGUUUAAACUUAUACUAAAAUUACAUUAUUGUUGUAGUUUUAUGAUAAAACUUUUAUCACAAUUUAAUAUUUUAUGGCUUAAGCUAAUUCAUAAUAUUUUAUUUACUUUCAGCCAGAGCAAGACUACUGUGAGAUUUGUCAACAAGGCGGAGAGCUCUUACUCUGCGACACUUGUCCACGAGCUUUCCACACAGUAUGUGUAGAUCCUGACAUGGUAGAAGCACCAAACGGAGACUGGUCAUGUCCUCAUUGUGAGACUGAGGGUGUACCUAAAAAAGAAAUCGAAGAAAAGAAAGGGAACAUGGAGUACUGUAGAGCAUGCAAAGAAGGUGGAUCUAUUUUAUGUUGUGACUCCUGUCCAAGCUCUUAUCAUGUUUACUGUAUAGAUCCACCAUUGGAAGAACUACCUCCAUCUGAAGAACAUUGGGCGUGUCCUCGAUGUACAGCUCCAGAGCCAAAGAAUCGACCAGAGAAGUUUCUGUUCUGGAGAUGGAAGCUUCACGAUUAUCCAGAGCCAGUAGGCGAUGAAUAUUUGCUGAAGGAAGGAGAAACUAUGGAGAAUAUCGAGGAAGAACGCCGAAAGAGGUUAAUGCUGAAGCCUUCGAGGAAACUGGAGCCACGGAAAGACCGUGAACUGUUUGUCAAAUGGAAGUACAUGAGCUACUGGCAUUGUGAGUGGGUGCCAGAGUAUGUGCUCGAAGUGUACUACGUGCAAGCGUUACGAAUGUUCUGGCGUAAAGUAGACCCUGAAAACCCUCCAGAAGUCGAAGAUGUACCAUCAGAGCCUACGGAAAAGGAUCCUUUGUGUUUGGAGUACAGAUUCUACAGAUACGGAAUCAAGCCAGAAUGGAUGCAGAUCCAUCGCAUCAUCAAUCACUCGAUGUACACCAAGAAUCAGUACGACUACCUGAUUAAGUGGAGGGAGCUGGUAUACGAACAAGCGACUUGGGAAAGCGACGACUUUGACAUACCAAACUUUGACGAAGCCAUCAUGAAGUACUGGAUGCACAGGGAACGAAUGAUCAACGAGCCUAUACCUAAACAUGUCGCCAAAAGAAUUAACGCUUAUAGAGCUGAAAAGGGGCUUCUCAACCUUGAAGAUGAGCGUAAAACAAGAAAAGAAGAGGCAAAGAGCACUGUUGAUGUAAGUUGAUCAAAAAACAAGUUUGAAAAUGAAAAAUGGUAGUUUUGAUAUUUAAAUUUUGAAAAAUGUUUAAAUUUAUUUGUCUUUUCCGGAAAAUAAAUAAAGAUUUGCACAGUGCAUUCCAUAAUUAGAGGUUUGCACGGUGCAAUCUGGAAUAAAGGGUCCGCACGGUGUAGUCUUGAAUAAAAGUUUGCACAGUGCAAAAACCGCCCUUGUUUGGCCGGCUGCACUGUGCAGACUUCCUUCAAUGCACCGUGCAGUCCCCAGAAGCCCAGCUUGUCGCAAAACUUUUUUCACUUGCGACAGUUUAAGAAAUGAUGUCGCGAUCAUUCCAAUGAACACAGUGCAACUUGCAUCGCCUUCUAAAAAGCGACAAAAUGUUCGUCGCGGACUUGCACUGUAUCCGACAUCUUGAUUCACUUGAGGGUGCAAACGAUUAUCGCAGAACUGUCUUCUUGUCGCACUGUUUCUUUCAGUUUGGAGCGACAGCGAUUUUCUUGAAUUUGGAGUUGCGAUGUUUUGUCGUUCUUUUUGGACAAGGAUUUGAAAACGUUGUUGUUGCUCUUGAAAUUGAGGGAAAUUCAGCGACAAUUGCUUGUCUCUUCAGAAAUCGCAAAACAAAUCAAAUUGUCGCAGAGUUCAAACCUCAGCGACAAGGUGUCGCGGCUUAAUUUUGAAGGCGAUGCUGAUGUUCGUCGUGGUUGUCGCUGCGGCAAAUGCUUUUGUUUUGUUCAAUGAACUGUUUGCGACAAGGUUUUUGUGAUUGUCGCAAGUAAAGGGGCUUUUGCGACGAUUGCACGGUGCAGGGCUUGAUUUGGUUGCACUGUGCAGUCUUCUCAACAAUGCUGCGGAUAUCUGCACGGUGCAAUGAGUUAAAAAGGGAUUGCACAGUGCAGAUAAAUUUCUUUUCUUUCUGCACCGUGCAUUUCAAUAAGUUGAAAUCAAUAAAGUGACCAUUUUAGCCGAAAAAGAAGUACGAAGAACAACCAGGCUACAUAACUGAAACUGGUGGCAAGCUUCACCCUUAUCAAUUAGAAGGUAUCAACUGGCUGCGACAUUGUUGGGCUCAUGGCACUGAUGCUAUCCUGGCUGAUGAGAUGGGUUUGGGCAAAACAAUUCAGUCAACGACAUUCUUAUACACCUUGAUGAAGGAGGGUUUGUGCAAAGGACCUUUCUUGGUUGCUGCUCCAUUGUCAACCUUGAUUAAUUGGGAGAGAGAAGCAGAGUUCUGGGCUCCAGACUUUUAUGUUGUUACCUAUAUUGGUGAUAAGGAAAGCAGAACGGUGAUUAGGUAAGGUUUGGUUCAAUAGUAGAUUUAGGGCCCUUUUAGGAUAAUAAUUGGCAAAAUACAUUAGAAUAUCAUCAAGCCAUCGAACAAUAAAGUUAAAUUUAGAUAUUCAAUUUCAAUUUAAAGUUAUUUUCUUUCAGAGAACACGAAUUUUCGUUUGUCGAAGGAGCUGUUCGUGGAGGACCAAAGGCUCAGAAGAUUAAAACAGAGCAAGGCAUCAAGUUCCAUGUUCUCCUAACCUCGUACGAACUCAUCAACAUGGACAAGGCCAUCCUGUCAAGUAUCGAAUGGGGAGCUUUGGUGGUAGACGAAGCUCAUCGUCUUAAAAACAACCAGUCAUUGUUCUUCAGAACCUUGAGAGAGUUUAAGAUCAACUACAGGUUGCUGUUGACUGGUACUCCUUUGCAGAACAAUUUGGAAGAAUUGUUUCAUCUGUUGAACUUCUUGAGUCCGGACAGAUUCUAGUAAGUUGUGGAUAAUAUUUUUAAUUUUUAAACUUUUUUUAUUAUUUUAUUGAUUUUUGGUAGUAAAAAAAGAAUAAUUGGAAUCGACUACAAUGCUAUAUUUUCAGUGACUUGUCAUCCUUUACUCAAGAAUUUGCCGAAAUCUCGAAGGAAGACCAGAUUCAGAAGCUUCACAGUAUGUUAGGCCCUCACAUGUUGAGAAGACUGAAAGCCGAUGUCUUGACUGGAAUGCCUUCAAAGAGCGAACUGAUCGUUCGUGUCGAAUUGAGUCAAAUGCAGAAGAAGUACUACCGUAAUAUAUUGACGAGGAACUUUGAAGCCUUGAGUGUUAAAAGUGGAGGUACUCAAGUCUCUUUGGUCAAUAUUAUCAUGGAGUUGAAGAAGUGUUGUAACCAUCCGUAUCUCUUCGCAAAAGCCAGUUUGGAAGCUCCAAAGCUACCAAACGGCAUUUAUGAAGGUAAUGCUUUGGUGAAAGCUGCUGGAAAGUUUGUUCUGAUGCAGAAAAUGUUACAAAAACUGAAGCAAGGAGGUCAUCGUGUACUGAUCUUCUCACAAAUGACUAGAAUGUUGGACAUUCUGGAGGAUUUGUGUGAAGUUGAGGGCUACAAAUACGAACGAAUUGAUGGUGGUAUCACUGGACAGCUACGUCAAGAUGCGAUUGACCGGUUUAAUGGUAUGUUUUUAAUUUUUUAUAUUAUGUUACAUAAUUAAGUACGUGUUCAACAGACAUAAUUUUUUUUAGCUCCAAAUGCUCAACAGUUCAUCUUCUUGCUAUCGACCAGAGCUGGUGGUCUAGGUAUCAACUUGGCGACAGCUGACACUGUCAUUAUCUACGAUUCUGACUGGAAUCCUCACAAUGAUAUUCAGGCCUUCUCUCGAGCUCAUCGUAUUGGUCAACAAAACAAGGUCAUGAUCUACCGAUUUGUUACUAGAAACUCGGUCGAAGAAAGAAUUACAUCUGUAGCCAAGAAGAAGAUGUUGCUGACUCACUUGGUCGUCCGAGCAGGUAUCGGCCAGAAAGGACCUUCCAUGUCAAAGACCGAACUUGAUGAUGUGUUAAGAUGGGGAACAGAAGAAUUGUUCAAAGACGAGGAGAAUGAGGACAAAGAUAAGAAGGACAAUGAUCACGAAAUUGUUUGGGACGAUGAAGCCGUCGAAGCUCUUCUGGAUCGUGGAGGUCCAGCUGACGAACAAGCACCAGAAAAGAAGGAACACUGGACUAACGAAUACCUCAGUUCAUUCAAAGUAGCUCAAUAUGUGACAAGAGAAGCUGAUGAAGACGAGGAAGAAGACGAUGACACAGAAGUACUGAAGGAAGAAGUCCAAGAAGCAGAUCCAGAGUAUUGGGAGAAGCUGUUGAGACAUCAUUAUGAACAAGAACAAUAUACCGAAGCACAGAAGUUGGGUAAGGGCAAGAGAGUAAGAAAACAAGUCAACUAUGCCAACGACCAAAUGCAAAGCGACAACUGGCAGAUUCCAAGUGGAGACGGCCAAGAGUACGAUGAUUCCUUCUCAGAAGACGAGAACGUGACUGACGACGAGAAUCAGGACGAAGAGUUCGAUUCAGCACGAGAAGAACGACGUCGGAAGAAGAAGGACGACGGCGAAAAGCUGCCUCCACUUCUGGCUCGUGUUAACGGUCAAAUUGAAGUUCUGGGUUUCACGGCACGACAACGAAGAGGCUUCUUGAAUGCUGUUACACGUUGGGGAUUACCACCUCAGGAUGCUUAUCAAGCGCAAUGGCUCGUUAGGGAUAUCAAAUCUAAGUCCGAAAGAGCUUUCAAGGCUUAUUCAGCUCUGUUCUUGAGACAUUUGUGUGAACCGGAUUCUGGAGCCGACACAUUCAGUGAUGGGUGUCCAAGGGAAGGCGUGAACAGAAGUCAUGUCUUGAAUCGCAUUGGACUGAUGUCAAUGAUUAGGAAGAAGGUUCAGGUAAGAUUAUUGGAAUUUUGACUCGAGAUGGAACACUUAAUAUUAUAUAACGCUUUGUUUACUUAAAUAUUAUUUUAGGAGUUUGAAGGCGUCAACGGUGAAUGGUCGAUUCCGGAACUGAAAGAUCAAGUCACUGAAGUAAAGGCCGCAGAAUCAGUUGAAGGAUCCAUACCCAAUUCUGAAACAACUUCAAGAGACGGAACUCCAGUUGUCAGAGAAGGCAGUGUCAAAGAAGAACAAAAAGAAGAGGAUACAAAGAUGGAAGUAGACCAGAAAGAACCAGAAGAGUCAAAGGAAUCGUCACAAGAAAACGAGGAAGUCAAGGAGAAGCCCAAGAAGCACAAAUUUAUGUUUAAUAUCGCUGACGGCGGAUUCACCGAACUGCAUACAUUAUGGAUUAACGAGGAAAAGGCGGCUUUGUCCAACAAUAUUCACGAGAUAUGGCACAGAAGACACGAUUACUGGCUGUUGGCAGGCAUCGCUAUGUAAGAUUAUGUCAAAUGUUUGCUGUAAAGUUGGAGGUAUUAGGCCGCUUUCUCAAUUAACUGACUAUAUAAUCAGUUUGGAAUGAUAUAAUCAGUAAUGUAUCAUGAUUUUACAAUUAACUGACUUUGUAAUGAGUAUGAUAUGAUCAUUACUGGUUGCAUAAUAACUAGUGUUAUAUUCGUAUCGAGAUUAGGUGUUUUUUAUUGCACUACGUUAUAUUAAUUUAGUAUUUAUCGGUUGAAGUCAUAGUUUUGAGCAUAAAAUGAAUAUUUUAUUACGAAAUUUGUUUACUGUAAAAUUUCUACAUCUUGUUUUCAAAACGGUUAAACAAAAACAUAAUAUAAGUUAAUAUUUCAGGCACGGCUACGCUCGUUAUCAAGAUGUCCAAGCUGAUCCCAGAUUCGCGAUCAUCAACAAACCGUUCGAAAGAGAACAAGGCAAAGGAAACUUUGUCGAAAUCAAGAACAAAUUCCUCCAAAGACGCUACAAACUGCUUGAACAGGCUCUAGUCUCCGAAGAACAGCUUCGACGUGCUGCUUACCUCAAUUUGGCCAAGAAAAUGGGCGAAGAGAAUCUGGAUUCCUCAGUAAAUCUUAUGAAUCCGAUACCUGGAGAAAAGGACACAAGUGGACAGUUGAACGAAAGGUUCGCUGAGAUCGAAUGUUUGGCCGACAGUCAUCAGAGCUUGGCCAGAGAAGCGACUUCAGGCCACAAAUGGUCGGCAGCAGUCUUGCAUAAGGUUUUGAACCAAAUUGAAGAUCAGCUGAAUGAAAUGAAGAGUGAUCUCAGCCGGCUGCCAACAGCUAUGACCAGACAGAAGCCAGUGACGGAGAAGUUGGACAUGACAGAGAGAAUGAUCCUGCAGAGAUUGACCAACAAGGAUGCCAACUUGGCACCAAAAGCCAGUCCACUUCCUCCGCCAGGACCAUUCGUAACACCAACACCCAAUUGUGGAUUCACCGAAAUUCAACCGGCUUUGACUAAGAACGACGAGAACGGUGAGAAGGAGGAUUCUGGAGACAAUAUGGAAACAGAGGAGGCUGCAACUGGUAAGUUUCUGCGUACUUUUGAAAAAAAAUAAGGAAAAACGAAGUGUCAAACGACGGAUUGCAAAAAUUUAUUAAUUAAUUUAUCCUUUUAGCCGAUGGAGAUUCGAAAUCAGAAAAGAAGGAAAGCUCAGAGUCGUUGGAAUUUCCAGCCGAAGCAACCGUUGAUGCUUAA